AUGCUCAGGGAAGGAGGUGCACGAGAUGCUGAAAAACACCAUGGGGACUUUGCCAAGAUAGAGCUGCAUCUGAAGAGAACCAGUGAGAAGGAGAAGACCGCUGCCCUGGGCGGAGGCUACGUGAACGAGUCCAUUCUGAAAAGCAUUCACGGCUGGGACGAGCAGAUGAUCAGUUUUUCGAAGGCUCGGGCUGAAGCCCGAGGACUUCUUCGCAAGUCCGCCGAGCAUGGUGCGGACGAGUGGAAGGCCGUGCUGGAGGAGAAGUUUGAGAUGAAGAAGACGGACAGGACCACGACCGAGGCUACCUACGAUGCGGAUCUGAAGGCGCGAGCUGGUCGAUAUAUAUAUAUAUAUCUCUCUCUCUCUCUCUCUCUAUAUAUAUAUAUAUAUAGAUCUACAUCGAGCAUCCAAUAA